UCACUUUUUGACAUAAAGGUUGUCAAACCUUUUUGUGUUUCCUAAGAAAAAUGAAUGAACACUGAAGCAUGCCUUUAGCAAAUUAUGCAAAAAUAGGAAUUGGAUGGUAAAUAGAUUGAAAAAUUACAUCAUUCCGAUAUCAUCAAAAAAUAGUUUACAUAACUGCCAUGCUUCAUUACAUAACCUAACAUUUAGCACAUUUUGCAUCUUUACAGGACUGUUGUUAUUGCAGCCGGAAUUUAUUCAUUUUAUAUAUCAAAAUCACUCAUAGACAAGAGGCGCUAUGAGAAUAUGAAAAUUAGGGAACGUAUGCGAGAAUCUAACAGCGAGGAAUACGAGCCAAGCUACCGGAAAUUUUCAACAUACACAAUUGAAGACAGUGAUUUUAAGAAUUAACGAGCCUGCUGCAGAAUGAUGUCCCAAAAAGAAGCACAGAACAUGCAAUUGAUCCAAGAGUUGGAAAUUGAAAUGAUGGCUGACAUGUACAAUAGACUGACAGCAGCAUGCCACAAAAAAUGCAUCGCACCAGUUUAUUCGGAUUCGGAAAUAGCAAAAGGUGAAGCUGUAUGCAUAGACAGAUGUGUGGCCAAGUUCCUUGACAUUCACGAAAGGAUUGGCAAAAAAUUGGGUCAGUUGUCCAUGCAAGAUGAGGCAUUGUUGAAAAAGUAGUAACACGUAGUUAUAAUUAUUGUUGAUUGUGUUGUUUGUGCUUAUGGGGGUGAUAAUACUGAUGAAAUGAAACAGGUCAAACUUGUAACAUUUCGUUUAUGUACAAAUAAAGUUAGUCGAUAGUAAAAACACUCUUUUUCGAUUUCA